AAAAAUUAACGGUCAAGAUCUUCGUUAAGUCUCCUCUCUUCUCUCUCUCUCUCUCUCUCUCUCUCUGUGUGGAGCAAAGAGUUCUUGAUUUCCUCUCUCAGGUUUUGGUUAGAAGGGUUUGUUGGAUUUUGAGGUGGGUUUUUAUUUUAUUUUAUAAUGAUGGAGAGAGAUUUCAUGGGUUUGAGCUCGAAAGAGUCGGUGGUUGUGAUCAAGGAGGAGAAUAAUGACGAUGCUGGCAGAGACUCUGGUGGGUUGACCAGAGGUGCUGGUUCGAAUUGGCCCUUCUCAAACAAGGUCUCUGCAAUUCCCCAUCAUUUGAUGUCUUUCAAAGGUGCUCAAGAAGGUAAGACUCAAAAGAUGGUACCUGAGUCCUUCUUGUCUUCCGGAUUUAUGCCCGUCUCAACUUCAGACGCAUUUGAUCCUUGUCAGAAACGACCUACAUGUGAUGCACAGAAGUACUUCAAUCACGAUAGGCAAGGUGGCACUCACUUUACCCUGACAGCUUAUCCUAUGCAACAUGAUGUGCACUCUGUACACCGUCCUUAUGACGUGAAGAUGAUUUCAGUUUCCAAUCAAGGUAUUUCUGUUCCUAUGGGCAAUCCAUACAUGAAGAAUCAUUUUGCACCUAUGGGUCAGAAUUUUGCUGUUACUACCACCAAGCAACAAUUAUUUGGAGGAAUUCCUGGUACUACUCCAUAUUCAAUUCCUCCAAGUUCAGGGUCCAUUGUUGGAACCACUGAACCAUGGAACAACGUCAAGACAUCUGGGUCUCCUUCUCAGAUGACAAUCUUCUAUGCUGGUAGUGUGAAUGUCUAUCAUGAUAUCUCCCCUGAGAAGGCUCAGGCUAUGAUGAUUUUAGCUCAGAAUGGUUCUUCCAUCCCUUCUAAUGGUGCACACUCAAAAGCUGAAGCACCAAGAGCAAAGUUGGCCUCAGAAGAUGGUGUUCCAGUGAAUCAGACUAUAAAUACACCACCUUCUGCUUUUCCUAGUCCCUUAUCUGUUUCUUCACAUACUGGUACCCAAUCAGUAAGUGGGUCCACAAGCACUGAUGAACUGAUGGCAGGUAAAACCACAGGGCUUCCAACGACUCCUGUUAGUAAAGUGGAGCCUCCAAAAACAGCAAAUGCAGUUAAAUCUGUUGCUGCAACGUCUAUGAUUCAUUCUGCUAUUCCACAAGCUCGCAAAGCAUCCUUGGCUCGAUUUUUAGGGAAACGCAAGGAAAGGGUAAUAAAUUCAGCACCAUACAACUUGAGCAAGAAAUCUGCAGAAGGCAGCAACCCAGAAUCUAAUGGAAUGAAUAAAGGAGAACAACAAUGAUGUACGAUGCUAAUAAGGAAGCAAUUCUCUCAAAUUUAUGUAGUAAGUGAAAUAUGUAAAGCACAUUGUACCUCAGAAUUAUUGUUGCCCUAACUGUUUUAGAUUUGAAGUCCAAAUCAAGUAGAACCCUUGUCUUGUAUCUCCAAACUGUUGGUAGGGGAUUUUAUGUACCAAAGAAAGUGUUAUAGGGAUAAUCUCCCUAUGUUCCCCUAUGGAUCCAUUUCCCGACUAUGUUAGUUUGCAAUAUUGAAUACCCCUGGUGCAAUGUAUAUGCGACUUUUAUUGCUUUGCUUC